UUUUAAUUCAGUCAUACAAAGUGGUGGCAAGCCCCAGUCCCAAAGGCUGUUCUAUGUCCGAGCACGAACAUGACAUGGAAGGGAGGGUGGGCAUGUCUUCCUGUGGCCGGGCCUCGGGGAGAUGGCGUGGAGGUGCCCUGGAGAGCUGUCCCCCCUGUCAGUGCCGUGGCUGUGGGCUGCCCUGGAGAGCUGUCCCCCCUGUCAAGGCCGUGGCUGUGGGCUGUCCUGGAGAGCUGUCCCCUGUCGGUGCCGUGGCUGUGGGCUGCCCUGGAGAGCUGUCCUCUGUCGGUGCCGUGGCUGUGGGCUGCCCUGGAGAGCUGUCCUCUGUCGGUGCCGUGGCUGUGGGCUGCCCUGGAGAGCUGUCCCCCCUGUCAGUGCCGUGGCUGUGGGCUGUCCUGGAGAGCUGUCCCUUGUGAGUGCCGUGGCUGUGGGCUGCCCUGGAGAGCUGUCCCCUGUCAGUGCCGUGGCUGUGGGCUGCCCUGGAGAGCUGUCCCCUGUCGGUGCCGUGGCUGUGGGCUGCCCUGGAGAGCUGUCCCCUGUCGGUGCCGUGGCUGUGGGCUGCCCUGGAGAGCUGUCCCCUGUCGGUGCCGUGGCUGUGGGCUGUCCUGGAGAGCUGUCCCCUGUCGGUGCCGUGGCUGUGGGCUGCCCUGGAGAGCUGUCCCCUGUCGGUGCCGUGGCUGUGGGCUGUCCUGGAGAGCUGUCCCCUGUCGGUGCCGUGGCUGUGGGCUGCCCUGGAGAGCUGUCCCCUGUGAGUGCCGUGGCUGUGGGCUGCCCUGGAGAGCUGUCCCCCCUGUCAGUGCCGUGGCUGUGGGCUGUCCUGGAGAGCUGUCCCUUGUGAGUGCCGUGGCUGUGGGCUGCCCUGGAGAGCUGUCCCCUGUCAGUGCCGUGGCUGUGGGCUGCCCUGGAGAGCUGUCCCCUGUCAGUGCCGUGGCUGUGGGCUGCUCCGGUGAGCGAGGUGCUGAGCCACACGGGGAGGACCUGCUCCCUCCAGGAAUCGGGCCUCGUGAAGUGCAGUGACCUGGGGGAUCGUGGCCAAAGGAAACAGCUGGGCUGGGGUGGGCAUCCUGGGCCGAAGGCUGGCCUGCCCCCUCCCUCACAUGGUGCUAGGUGGGGAGCUGUCCUGGGAGCUGGGAGGCCCACGGGGACCCACAGAGCUGUCUCCAGGUCGGCUCCUACCCUCCUUUAACAAUGUGAAGUGACUGAACUGGGGUGCUCUCCCCACCCCUCCCACUGCCAGUUCAGCUUCGAACUGACACCCAAGAAGUCCUUUCUGGGAGCUUGUCUUGUUCAGAAGCCUCUGCGUUGAGGUUGGAAGGGCCCUCUGGGUGUGGGAACAACAGGAGGCGGCCCCUGGUCACGGCAUAGCUGCUGGGAACGGCUGAGAACUCGUCUGCAGCUCCUGCGGGGUCCAGAGCUCUCCCUCCACGCCACACUGCCUCUGAGCCCUCAGUCGCCCGUGGUCACUCCAGGACACGGGGACAGACCACUCCCUCCAGCCAGGGUGCCUUCGAGCCUUCUGUCCAUUCACACCUGUCUCGCUCUCCUCACCUCGAAAGACCUUCGCCGACUGGGGCCGGGUCUGUCUUAGCGCUGAACCAGUUCCCUUUCCCCAAGUUCCCCACGGGAUGGAGAAGGCUGGGCACUGAGCGGGACCAGCUGCGUGUCUUCCUGGUCUACCCAGAGAAGCGUCCCCAUCUAGCUUCUCGGCCUUGCCAGCCCAAGGGUGAGGAGCGGGGCGUCUCGGGUCAGGGCGGCAUGCCCGCAUGUACGCACGGAGACGUGGCCGUGCCCUGGAGCCAGGCUCCCUGCUGGGCGGCGACUUCCCUAGUGCCAAGUCCCAGGCCUCACUUUCCAUCUGUCAGCGAGGGGCUCGGGCUCCACGACCCGCGAGGACCUCACGGUGCCCACUUCCUGACGUCUACCCUCUGGGCCGGCACCGGCUCCCGUCCCUCGAGCUCUGAGGGCCCGCUGGGCCGGCCGAGGAGGCAGCAGGCCUUGGGGGGCCCUGUGGGAGCGGAGGAGACCCUGGGGGCGGCCCUUCUAGGAGGCGGGGACUCGACCUGCCACUUGGUGUGAGUCUGGUCACUGCUGUUACUUCCUUUCCCACUGGUGACUUCUCAAGGGCCCACUGCCAGGACCUGCAGGUACCCCAGAGCCAGAGAGACAGGUCCCCCAGGGCCCUCGGCUAGUGAGCUCCCAGGUCCCCAUCACGGGCAGAGAGCCGGAGGUCAGUGGGCACAGCAGCACCAACUUACUUAAUGCUCACUUAUUCGCUGUAAGCGUUUGGCCAAAAAGAGAGAGAGAGAGAGAGAGAAAUAGCUGAAACCGUGUAGUUGGCUUCACCAUCCAUUCUGCCGACCCCACCACGAGCCCUCCCCACCAGGUGGGCGCUGGUGGGUGGCCAGCUAAUGCCUGUCACUCGUGAUCCUCGAGCCACCCACAGGGCAGGCGCCUUGUGAUGGGUGGAGGAGCCUGAGGUUGGAGGAUGGGCCCUCUCCCAGCCCGAGUGGGAGCAGCCAGUGCCCGGGCCCAGGCGAGGGGCGGCGGGCGGCGGGCGGCGGCUGACUGCGGGCUGACGCGCAGAGCACGGAGCUCACCCCACGGGUUUGUUAACCCGCCGUCCAGGUUUGAAAUGAACGUUUCGGCACAUUUUUGUCUCUCUACAUGGAACGUUUUCUGAACUACGUAAAAGUCAGCAUCACGAGACGUCACCCCAGAGUGCUGCCGGCUGUACCUGAGCAGCCGCGGCCUCCUGUGCAGCGGCCCAGAGUCACCCGGCGUUGCUCACUCUGCUCUCCAGCCGCUUCCCCGCCCCAGAAACGUGCCCUGGUUCGGGAAUUUGGCUCCAACCAAGGGGCGCACAUUGCAUUUUAUAACUGUGUUUUUAAACCUCGUUGAACAUUGAACAGUCCUCCUCCUGCUCACUUUGAUUUUUGAAGCGACACCCUUUCUGAGGCCAGCAGGCCUGCCGUCCUUGGAGGGCCCCGGCUCCCAGCAUCUGCCUGAAGGUUUCCUCCCACAAGCGCCUCUAGCCCGUGUUGUCGAGAACACUGCAGGGCCUCGAUGUCUCCAUUUACAGAACGAGCAGGUGGAGACACAGCAGGGGUUCACGUCAGGACGAGAAGUGGGUCUGCUCUAGCUAAAGAGAGGAUGGGGCCGCCCCCCACGCCCGCCCUGGGUGCUGGGUUAGCCGUCCCUGGGCUGACUGCUUAGCUACUGCAGGUAUUUUCAGCUCCCUCGAGGGGUGGGCAUGGGUUUUGUGUGGGGUCACUGUCAAGGGCUUGGGGGAGACUCUGGCUGUGUUUUAUCCUAGUAAGUUCAUCCCUCUCUUCUUCCUCUCUGCGGCCCUUGGGAGUGAGGGAGGAGAGGGUUUUCUAUGACCGCUAGCUUUUAUUAUCAGCAAGAAGGCUCCUUUUGUAAUUUGUGCAUGAAAUUCAUGUCAUUUCCUGGGGAGAGGA